AUGACCAAGGUUCUACGACAUUUUAAAGAAGGCUCCAAACAGUACGACUUGAAUCCAGACAAGCUUGUUAAGCUUAUCAAUGACCUUCUGUACAACCUUGAUCCGAAUUUGAACGCCGCUGCUCUUGUUAAUGACAUUGAGCGCCAUCUUCCUGAAGUUGCCACACUUGACGAGGUCCUCGAUCUCGUGGCACAGCAGCUAGCGUCUCGAAUCAUCUACCACCCGGACUUUUCCAUGGUUGCUGGAAGAGUGGAAGCAUUUAAACUUCACCGCGAUGUUCCCUAUCUGUUUAGUGAGAAUGUGGCUCGCUUGUACCGUGCGAUUGACCUCAGAACGAAAAAACGGUACAGCGUCAUCAGCCCAGAAUUCUUUCGUAUUGUUGAGGACAAUGCCGAGUUUUUGGAUAAGAUCGUUUGCAAGGAGCGGGACUUCGAAUUCACAUACUUCGGUAUGAAGACUAUGAUGUCGAACUACCUCCUCAAGCUUAAUAACAAAUGCGCUGAAAUCCCUCAGUUUAUGUUCUUGCGAGUGGCAAUCGAGAUUCAUCGUGAUAACAUGGACGAUGUGCUUCAAACCUAUGAGCUUAUGACGCAAAAGUAUUUUAUUCACGCUCUGCCGACCUUGUUCAAUGCUGGGAAUGUUUAUAACUUUCUCAGCUCAUGUUUUUUGGUGGCUACAAAGAAGGAUCUGAUCGAAGGAAUCUACAAAACGCUCACUGAAACAGCCCUUAUUCUGAAAGCUGGGGGAGGUAUCGGACUUCACGUACACGACGUGAGAGCUGAGGGCGCAUACAUCGCCAGUUCCAACGGGCGUUCCAAUGGGCUCGUUCCCAUGCUACGUGUGUUCAAUAACACUGCUCGCUACGUCGAUCAAGGCGGUAAUCGCCCCGGAGCGUUUGCCAUAUACAUCGAGCCGUGGCAUGCCGAUAUCUUUGAUGUUUUAGAUAUGCGGAAGAACUACGGUAAUGAAGAUAAACGUACUCGAGACCUCUUCUACGGGCUUUGGGUCCCGGACUUGUUUAUGGAGCGAGUCAAGGAGAAUGACGAAUGGCUGCUCUUUAGUCCUGAUGAGGCACCUGGAUUAAGUGACGUUUGGGGGGAUGAAUUUGUCAAUUUGUAUACGAAGUACGAGAAGGAGGGCCGGUUUCGGCGCCAGGUAAAGGCUCAACGAAUCUGGCACGCAAUUCUCGAACUGCAGACUGAAACUGGUGGUCCGUACUUACUCUUCAAGGACGCAUGCAAUCGCAAAUCUAAUCAGCAACAUUUGGGAACUAUCAAAAGUUCGAAUUUAUGUUGUGAGAUCAUCGAAUAUACCUCACCAGAAGAAACCGCUGUGUGCAAUCUCGCCCUGGUGGCGUUGCCUAGUUUUGUCAAACGUGUUAACGACGAGGAAAUAGCUUUCGAUUUCGAGCAGCUUCAUUACGUCACCAAAGUAGUGACACGUAACUUGAAUCGAGUGAUUGAUGUUACUCGAUACCCAGUUCCGGAAGCAGAACUUGGAAACAAGCGUCACCGCCCACUUGCCAUUGGUGUACAGGGUUUGGCCGAUCUAUUCUUCGAAUUCAGAUUGCCCUUCGACAGCCCCGACGCCGUGCACUUGAAUAAGCAAAUAUUUGAGACCAUUUACCAUGCUGCAGUGGAGACAUCAGUCGAACUUGCAGAGGUUGAAGGGCCAUAUGAACUGUUCGCUGGUAGCCCCGCCAGCGAAGGGAAACUUCAAUUUGACAUGUGGGAUGAAUCGAAGCUUACAGGGCUUUACAGUGAUUGGGACGAGCUUCGAGAACGCGUGAAGUCACUGGGGAUGCGCAACUCGCUUCUUGUGGGUCCCAUGCCUACUGCUAGCACUUCGCAAAUUCUCGGCUUCAAUGAGUGUUUUGAGCCUUACACCAAUAAUUUGUACACCCGGCGUGUGCUCAGUGGCGAGUUUCAAGUUGUGAACAAGUACUUACUUCGAGAUUUAAUUGAUUUGGGUCUUUGGGAUAACAAUACCCGUAAUCAGGUAAUCAAGGACUCUGGUUCGGUGCAAAAUUGUAACAUCCCCGAUGAUCUCAAACUUUUAUAUCGGACGGUAUGGGAGAUACCUCAAAGACUGAUUGUCGACAUGGCUGCAGAUCGGGCUCGAUUUGUUUGCCAAUCCCAAAGUAUGAACAUCUUCAUGGAUAAACCCACUUUCGGCAAGCUUACUAGUUGCCACUUUUAUCUGUGGUCUAGAGGUCUCAAGACUGGAAUGUAUUAUCUUAGAACAAAGGCUGCGCUGAGGGCUAUUCAAUUUACUGUUGACGAGUCUGAAUUGACGAGACGGUCGUCACGACCACUGCUUCAACGGUUGAGUCGUAAGCGCUACGCAUUGGCAGACCGCGUUGAAUUGGAAACCGAUGAGUAUACACAACGGCGUAAGCGAAUUCGCCGAAAUCUGAUGUUGUCCCAGACAGCAUCAAGUAAUGAAAUUGAUUAUGACAUCUACGACACCACGCCUGUUGUUUGCAACUUAAGCGAUCCCCAAGGUUGCGAGGCAUGCUCAGGUUAA